GUUCUUUCUCGUUCAGCCUUCCCAGAGCAAAAUUUCCACAACGUUCUCAUCCCAGACAGAUGUGAACAGGACGAUGCUCAUAAUUGGUCAGAUUCUGAUCUCCGCGGGUUCCAGGAGAUGAGGCUCACUGUGGCGCCCGGGGCUACCCUCAGCGCACAAGCAACUGUGUUGACCAUGUCCAUGGACUCGCAUGGAGGCUUCAGGGGAGAUGCGGCCUCGCGCCGUUCGCGAUCUAUCGAAACCGAAUUUGGCUCGGUAGGGGCGUGACUGUGAGCCAACUGGAGACGAGCUGGGUGGCCAGCUCGAAUCAUCAUAAAGGGGGACACAACCCACGCCAAGGAGUCAAGGAAUCGGCAACUAUUGCCAGUUCAUCACCACCACACUCGUUUAUCUUAUUUUCGUCAUGGCCUCCAUCAGCUCCAGGGCAGGCUUCCGGGCGGCUGUCUCGCUCGCUUGCCUUGUGGCUGCUCAGGCAUUCCCCCAUCAGCCUUACAAGCGGCUUGAUACCUCCUCGGCUCGUGGAGGGUGUUUCGUCGACAACGUGGAUGGGAAAAGAGCCCUCCCUGGUGCGAGCUAUUCCUCCGACAACUCCAUGACAAUAGGAAGCUGCGCUACAUUCUGCUCCAAGUUCAAAUACUUUGGUCUUGAGUACGGCAUCGAGUGCUACUGCGGAGACUCUUUCCCGACCCAGCCCGCUGCUGAUAGCGAUUGCUCCUUUCCCUGCUCCGGCGACAGCACUCAAACAUGCGGCGCUGGCAACCGUCUCAAUGUGUACACAAACUACCUCUACGUCGAGCCGACUCCCGCAACGCUCAAUGUGCCCUACGUGGGCUGCUUCGUCGACGAGGGUGCCCGUGCACUGCCGGAUAACCUCCUUGGCGCCGAUGACAUGACGGCCCAAAAGUGCGCCGAGCACUGCACAGGCUACAGCUAUUUCGGUGUUGAGUAUGGUCGUGAGUGCUGGUGCGGCAACAAGCCUGCCAAGACGCCAGCCCCCGAGUCUGAAUGCUCCAUGCGUUGUGCCGGCGACGACUCCCAGCUCUGCGGCGACAAGGGCCGCAUCAACGUGUGGGGCUCACCGGUUCAGUCGCCCGCGACCGUUGGCGAGUUCCAGUAUGUGGGCUGCUUCACGGACGAUCUCGAUGAACGGUCGCUCACGGGCAAGAUCACGUACGACUCGGCCAUGACCCUGGAGGCGUGCGCGGCUGCCUGCGAUGGUUACUCUUACUUCGGCGUCGAGUACGGCUCCCAGUGCUACUGCGGCACCGACCUCCGGCCGACAGCCCAGCAGGUGUCUCAGGCCGAGUGCGCGACACGCUGCGGCGGCGACAAGAGCAAUGUGUGCGGCGAUGCCGACCGCCUUAACGUCUUCAUCAGCCAAAGCGGCAAAAAGACUCCUGUCAACCUGGGCAUCAUCGGUUUUAGCUACAAAUCCUGCUGGACCGAUGACGGCUCUGCUCGUUCCUUGACUGGCGACGUGUUACGCAACAAUAACAUGACGGUCGAGAGUUGCGCGGCUUUUUGCCAGGGGUACAACUACUUCGGCGUUGAGUACGCCAGCGAGUGCUACUGCGGCAAUGAGCUCGGCGGCGCGGCCGCUCACGAAGAGGACUGCAGCCAGAUCUGCUCGGGCAACCAUGGCCAGUGGUGCGGUGGCAGUGGACGUCUCAACCUCUACGUCUCGGGCACCGUGACGAAUGCCCAGCCCCAGACCGCCACCAGCGCUUCUCCUGCCCAGCACUCCACCUUCAUCGCCUAGUGCGCAUGUAUGUACAUUGGCUGAUCCAAGAAGAAGGAUUCGGGAAGGAGGUCUGCCGCAAAAAAUCGAUCUUGAUUGUUUGGGUUAUCGGGGCGGGUUUGACUGUUUGUGAAUGAAUUGGCCUGAUAUGUAGCGUUUCGAAGCACUCCCAUUCUUGUAUAUAAUGCACAACUUCUACUAUAACUUGAUUCAAAGCCUGGUACGGUGCCUGGACCUAGUACUCUUGCCGUGACUCAAAGAUGAGGACCGGGAGACCCACGUGUCUGGUAUCAUGUGUGUACGUACAUACAACUGGGAACCUACGGCAAUCUAGGACUCGGGAG